CAACAUCUGUUACCUACCAGCCACACAGUCGGGGCACCAGUUUUUACCCUCGUCAUUCACGGAACCUGAAAAGAGUGCAAAUAUCGUCUUGCCCUUGUGUUCCUCUGCCACCUCUUCAAACUUUGUGAUACCCUCAACAUGUACCUGUAUCACCAUGCUGAAAUGUGAUUCUGCUAAUCGUCCGCAGAGAAACAUAGAUGUAAGAGCAUGGCCAGCUUUGGAAUGAAAAUGACGAUUUCCAUGAUUUCAAAGAAAUUUGGGUCCGUGAAAGAUAUCAACACAGAGACUCUUCAUGACUGGACGAAAAACCAUGUCAUACCCAGUGAACUUUCUUUGAAGCACAACAUAAGUGGUGACAAAGGAAAUUUCGGGGACGAAAAUACGGAAGGUACCUCGUCGGAUCAACAAGUACAGGAUACCAGCGACGCCCGAAGGAAACUCGUCAUCUUGGACUGUCGACCAGAUGAAGAGUACGUAAUCAGUCAUCUGGAGGGGUCAGUGAGAGUUGAUUUCGACAAGGAUGUAGACCAGAUCGUCAAGUCAUUACCGGAAUAUCUUCAACCAGUUGAGAACCUUGCAAAUACAGAUAUUGUGUGUUAUUGUUCCUUGGGAUACAGAUCGUCUAUAGUCGCGGAUAAGUUCCAGAAAUACCUGAAAGAAAACUCAGGUUCACUUCCUUCCGGUCCCGAGUUCCCUGCCGCGGUUAAUUUAGAAGGAAGUCUGUUUAAGUGGGCGAACGAAGGUCGCCACAUGGUGGAUAGCAAUGGACAGAAAACUAAUUUCGCUCACCCAUACAGUGUUGUAUGGGGUAAACUGUUGCAUGCUGAACUCAGAAAAGAGAAAUUGUAAUGAAGAUAGUAACAAUAUUCUUUAUUUCAGCGCAUCACUUGUGGUGAACCUCAAUGGCAAAACGACAGAAAUGCGGGCAAUCAUGACAUGAACAUGACAGGCAAAUCCUAACGAUAUGGUGAAGUCGUGUUCUAUCAGAUUUUUUUUUAUGACAAAUGGAAUGAAUUUGAUUUUUACAGAAAGUGAUUGAAACUUUUCAAAACAAAAUCUUUUCUUAAUUUUUGUAUUACAAAAUGAAUAUGUAAAUGAAUGUGAGAUGAAAUCAUUGACUCAUAGAGCCAUAUCGUUGUAUAGGCCCAUACAAUGCUGAUUAUGAAAGAUAUUUGUUGAUGAAACAUAAAUCUGUUACAUAUGAUA